AUGCCAGUAGUUCAGCGGCCCUACGUUCCCCCCGAAGACCAGACCCCCAACGAGGAGACCUACGCCCGGCCCGGCGACACCCAGGCCAAUGAGGGCAGCUCCCUCGACCCUAUCACCUUCUACGCCGACUCCAUGCACAUCUUCAGCAGCCUUUACUCGGCGGUGCUGUUCUUUGGUGAGCAGAUGGAGGAGCGCGAGCCCAUCCUACGCGCCCGCAUCAAGGUGAGCCCCCAGAUGCUCAAGGCCAUCGCCCUGCUGACCGCCAAGCACGUCCGCGAGUAUGAGGACGCCGUUGGCCCUAUCACCCUGCCCGAGCAGGUCUACUCCGCCUGGGAGCUGGACACCGACGGGAGUCACAACCAUGCCGGAUAG